UCCAUUGUAUUCAGCAGAGAGUCACUGCAGUGGACAACAGACGGUAAUAGUAUGGCGUCGACGAGCCGUGGAGCCUCUCUUCCCAAGGUGCAAUGCCCCAAUCACCCCGAUGCAAUACUGGUGGAGGACUACAGGGCAGGAGACAUGAUCUGUCCUGAAUGUGGCCUUGUAGUAGGUGACCGUGUAAUUGAUGUAGGGUCAGAGUGGAGAACGUUCACUAAUGAGAAAGCAACUAAAGACCCGUCUCGUGUUGGUGACGCUCAGAAUCCUCUCCUCAAUGGAGGAGACCUCACCACCAUGAUCAGCAAAGGAACAGGUGCAGCAAGCUUUGAUGAGUUUGGAAAUUCCAAGUACCAGAAUCGGAGAACCAUGAGCAGCUCUGAUCGAGCCAUGUUGAAUGCCUUCAAAGAGAUCAGCACCAUGGCCGACAGGAUCAACCUCCCCAGAAACAUCAUUGACCAAACAAACAACUUGUUCAAACAGGUUUACGAACAAAAGAGUCUGAAAGGCAGAAGUAAUGAUGCGAUCGCUUCGGCCUGCCUUUACAUAGCUUGCAGACAGGAGGGCGUCCCUAGAACAUUUAAAGAAAUCUGUGCCGUGUCUCGGAUCUCGAAGAAGGAGAUUGGCCGUUGCUUCAAGCUUCUCCUGAAGGCUCUUAAGACGAGCGUGGACCUUAUUACAACCAGCGACUUCAUGUCACGUUUCUGCUCCAACUUGGGCUUGCCCAAACAGGUGCAGAUGGCGGCCACUUACAUUGCCAGGAAGGCCGUUGAACUAGACUUGGUUCCAGGGCGCAGUCCGAUCUCAGUGGCAGCUGCAGCCAUAUACAUGGCCUCUCAAGCGUCUGCUGAGAAGAAGACACAGAAGGAGAUUGGGGACAUUACUGGAGUGGCAGACGUCACAAUCCGUCAGUCCUACCGUCUCAUUUAUCCCCGCGCUGCCAAUCUCUUUCCUCCAGACUUCAAGUUUGACACACCAGUGGAUAAACUGCCUCAACUGUGAACACCCAUGUGCCCCACUCUCACCGCUCUUUGUACUGUCUGAAUUUUUGCCCUUUUCUCUUUGAAAUUGGCAAGGUUUGCUCUUUCCUCGUGAAGGCACAAGCCUUUUGAAAAGACGACGGCAGGGAUUCGACAAAGUACAGAAGACAUUCCAAAAUGUAUCACUGAUUGCAGGCUGUACUUUCAUUUGUGUGUAUAUAAAUUGU